UGUAGUUUUGUUCGUAUUAAGAGGAUUUCUCAAGAUUUAUCAGUACCAAUAAGAUUAAUACAUAGUGUAGACAAUGAAUUAUUGUCUCUAACCUCUGUUGUUCGUACAAAACUUUUGUUGUAACUUGAAAAAUGAAGCCUCUUAUAGAUUUUGAUGAAUGUCUCAGAGACUCCCCAAAAUUUAGGGAACAGCUGGAAACCGAAGAGGCUAGUAUCGAGGCAUUGGAACAAAAGCUCGAUAAAGUUCUAAAGAUUUGUUCUGUUAUGAUUGAAACAGGCAAAACAUAUAUGAGUCAGAGAAGCACAUUUACAAACGCACUAUGGGACCUCACAAGCACCUUCUCAGAGGAUGCAACAGUCCAAGCAGCCCUCAACCGCAUGAUACAUGCUCUACAAGAGAUGACCAAGUUUCAUUCAAUAUUACUGGAUCAGGCAUCGCGAACCAUACUCAAGAAUCUUAGUGCUUUCAUUAAAGUUGAUAUUAAGGGUGUUAAGGAAAGUAAACAUCACUUUGAUAAAAUCUCAAAUGAUCUGGAUUUAGCUUUAAAUAGAAAUUCACAGGUGUCUCGACAUAAACCAAGUGAUGUGGAGGAAGUGGUGAAUCUCUUACUGGCAACUCGCUCUUGCUUUCGUCAUACAGCCUUAGAUCAUGUGCAGAAGAUUACUAUGUUGCAGGCUCGGAAGAGACAUGAAAUACUAGCCACUUUCCUGUCGUAUUUGCAAGCGUGUUGCACCUACCACCACCAAGGUGCUGAUCUCUCUGAAGACUUGGAACCUUUUCUUAAGCUAACAGCUGACGAGGUUGCAACAAUGCGUAACGAUACGAAAAUACUAGACAAGGAGAUGGAAAAUCGACACACAAUAGUUAAUAGCAAAGACACAGUAUUGCCGAGUUGUAAAUCAGUUCCCACUGAACGGGAUAGCAAGGAUGGACUUUUAAGUACGCCAUCUUUGAAAAACUUACCAAGGAUGCAGGGUUAUCUGUUUAAGAGGACUUCGAAUGCGUUCAAAACGUGGAAUCGACGAUGGUUUUAUUUGUACGAUAAUCGCCUCGUAUACAGGAAACGGUCGGGCGAACUUAACGUGACGGUGAUGGAGGAGGACCUGAGACUUUGUACGGUGAAGCCGGUGCUCGACGGCGAGAGACGGUUCUGUUUCGAAGUUCUGUCGCCUUCCAAAAGCCACAUGCUCCAAGCGGACUCGGAGGAGAUGCUCACGUCAUGGAUCUCGGCGCUGCAGAACGGCAUCCGCUCCGCCAUCCAGCAGGGGCAGAGCCGCGACAACCCCGACUCGCAGAUGGUGCUGGUACCAGACCACCGCACCACCACGCCCGCCAUGAAGAAGAUCAGGAUAUGGGAACAAUUGCUUAGUAUACCUGGUAAUAAUUACUGUUGCGACUGCGGCAGUCCCAACCCGCGCUGGGCCAGUAUUAAUCUCGGAAUAACUUUAUGUAUAGAAUGUUCAGGCAUCCAUCGUUCACUCGGUGUGCACGUUAGUAAAGUAAGAUCACUCACUCUAGACGAUUGGGAACCAGAUAUUAUUAAGGUUAUGGCAGAGCUAGGCAACAACAUUGUUAAUUUAAUAUAUGAAGCCAAUACAGAAGGGACCACUAUCACUAGAGCCACCCCAGACUGCGAGACUUCCGUCCGGGAAGCAUGGAUUCGAGCAAAAUAUGUGAAACUUGAAUUCGUGAAAAAUAUAGUGAACACGACGAUGUCAGACUCCAUACAAGAAUCACCUUUGCGAAAUGGCAGGCGGUGGUCCGUGCGGAGAGCGAGGCGGAGAGUACGCGCUCCGCCUGUCGUGCCCGAAACUAUACAAGACGAGAAAAGUGAUGCCAACAGCAAUACCAGUGUGUCGGAGAGCUCGAGCAAGUCCGACGGCAGCCCCGUGCUGCUCAUCGGCACGGAGCUGGCUGCCGAGCGCGCGCUGGACCUCGCACUGCCCUCCGACCACGACUCCACGGAGGGCGAGGACGACGACAUCGGCGCGGAGGACAUGUCGGCGCUGUCGGCGGACGCGGUGCUGUCGCGCGCGGCGCGGGCGCACAACGUGUGCGUGAUGCGCGCGGCGCUGGCGGCCGGCGCCGACCCCGCGCACGCGCACGCGCGCCUGCGCACGCCGCUGCACGCCGCCGUGCUCAGCGGUUCUGUGAUGGCUUGCUCGUUUCUACUCCUCAAUGGGAGCAAACUUAAUGCACAAGACGAAGACGGCAUGACUCCUUUACAUCUCGCAACCGAAGCCGGUCAUACUGGACAGGUGUGCCUGCUGCUGCGGUACCGCGCCGACCAGUCGCUGGCGGACGGCGCGGGGCGCACGCCGCUCGACAUCGCCGUGUCGCACGCCAACGCCGACAUCGUCACGCUUUUAAGAUUGACAAAACUGAAUGAAGAGAUGCGGGAAAGUGAGAUGUCGUCCAACGACGACACGUACAACGAGGUGUUCCGCGACUACACGCAGCUCGCGCACUCGCACCCCGAGCGGCUCGUGCGCGCUAAGCACAAUAAUAACGACGGUGAACAAGUGAAUUGUGAAUGACGAAUAGAGAAGAAGCUACGACGACUCCAUCUGUGGUGGCGAACUGAAUGAAGUCUUUGAUGCACUACACCUUGAACGAUUGUAACAAUCCGAAUGGCUUAUUUUUUAAAUUUUAAACAAAAACAAGCCAAUUCUUUAUAUACAUAAAUAACAGGUGGUGUAAUUACAUUGCAGUAAGUCGAUUAUUCUUAUAAAUCGUAACAAUAUCAAAAUCAUACCGAUUUUAAUGUAAUGUGACACAAUAUUGCUUAUACUAUGAAAUUUGGCAUAUGUUUAUCAAUAUUUGUGUAUAUUAAAGUAUGAAUGAAAACGAUAAUAACGAAUUACUUUAGUAUUUUUUGAAAUAUAUUAUAUAACGGAUUGUAUUUGAUAAAAAAUUCUCAUUAAUAUACUUUAAGUAUAUAUUAAAUUUAUUUUUUUUGGUAUUAAAUAAUGACAGUGAUCUCUUAAAGAAAUCGAGGCUUAAAAAUAUCAUGAAGAAAAUAUAGCUGCCAAAUUCCUAAUGUAAAGACUUAUUCACCAUAUCUUCCGGAAAAAAUAUAAAUAACAAUAAUAAUAGUUAUAUUUAAUGCCAUAUAAGUGGUUAUGUGAUGUGCUUUUUAUAUAUUAAACCAAAGAUUUGUUUAUAUAUGAAUACAAUCUUAGCGUUGUAAGAAUGCUUCAAGGGCAGGGGACAGUUACACUAAACCAUUAAAUAUACCGCUUGCCAAUAAAGAAAAGAUUUUAAAAAUAGCGGAAAGUACAUAUACAGUACGGAUAGCAAAAAAAAAUUACUUACUAAUAAUAUUUUUGACAUAAAUUUGUGCUUUCUUUGGAGUUGUUAAAUCAGAUUUUGUAUGUAAAUAAAAUGAAUUAAUCAUAUUGCAAUGUGUAUUACAAAUUUUCUUUAAAAAAGUAAGGGGUAACAUGAGAAAAGCCGCCAUUUAUAAAUCUUUUCAUUAUUAUAAUAAACAAAUAAUCAAUAUAUACAUACAUAUAUAAUGAUUGGUAUAAUAUAAUUGUCGUGUGAAAAUCUCUUUGAAGUGUUAUGAAAGUACAAUAAAUCGCAUUAAGUGUUCGUGAUUAUACGAAACAAUAAUUGUUGUUAGCGGAUCCAUUUUAUCGGACAGUUUGUCAUGAUUUUGUUAAUAUUUUUCCAUUACAUUUACUUAUAAUGAGACUGUACUUAUUGUAGAUAUCUAAGUUUUUUUUCUUCAUCAAUGUUUUAAUGCAUUCCAAGAUUCGCAAUUAAUUUUUUUUAUUUACAAAAAUUAUUAGAACCUCCUUGAUUAUAAGAUUUUUUUAUAUGCUUAAAAAUCGCGUUCCUCUUUCCUCAAUUUCAUUCAAAUUGUGUUUAAACAUUCCUGUUUACUUCCGUUAGUCGAUCCUUAAUCCAUUCCAAUUUAAUUAACAACGAAAAAGAAGUAAAAUAUUGAAUCUCAUUUUAUAGUAGCGAGUUAUUUUUAAUUUAUUUUUUUAAAUUGUUGUAAAUAAAAGCAUUCGCCACAAUACUACACUUGCCAAUUGUAAAAAAAAAUAUGCCAUUUUGUAUUUUUGAAACAUCUAUUUUAUUUCUUCAUCAUUUAUUAAUCAAAAACCGUAUCGGUUUACGCUUAGUUUUAUAUCAGUUUUAUAAUAAAUCAUCUGUAGGGCAUUAUAAGUAUAUUCUAGUUUUUUUUUUAAAUGAAUGUACGGUUGGAUCAAUUGGAUGAACGAAAAUCUUUAUCGGUUCGCCAACAAUUAAAAGGUUUUUUUUUAAAGAUUCAUUUCAUUGAAUGACUUGAAUGAAAUUUUUAUCCAUUCACCAUCAAUCAAGUAUAUAUCUUUUUUUUUUUUAAAAAAAAAACGUAGUCACUGACAUAAACUAAUCGUUAACCGGUACUCAAAAAAAAGUAAUAAAUCGAAUAAUAAUUAAAGGGUCCUUUCGAUGAAUUUACUAUUUAGAUGUUAACCAUAACAUAUUAUGUGAUGUUAGAAAUUUUGUUAUUAUGAAUUAUUGUAAUACGUUCGUAUUAAAUGUUAUAUCAUAAGUUUUUAUUAUAUAUAACGAAAAUAUGUAUUUUUAAAACAGCUGUUUUUGCUUGAAUAUCGAAAAUUAUUUUCAUGUGAUGUUGAUGCAACUUAUAUUAUUUCUAAUGCGUGAUAAGUCUAGCCGCGAUUUAACUAAUAGUUAUGUAAAAUGUAUGUAUAUACAUUUUAAAUAAAGAAAACAGAUAUUAGAGUGCAUAAUAACGUACAAAUAUAUCGAUGAAACUAAUUACAUAAUCGCAGUGUAUUUCACCUGAGAAAUGAAAUAUAAUGACACUCAAGUGUCUUCCACUAUAUCAUAUUUCGUUAUUCUGAUGGGAAGUUAUCCAUAAAUUUAACAUGCACCUCAUGUUCUGAAAUUACUCUUUUUAUCUCUGAGUCAUAGUUCCGUAGAUGACCUGGUUUUUUUAGGAUACGUACGGCAUUUCCUUAUACACCCAAAUGAAUCAUCGUGCAAAUCCCAGUUACGACAAAUCACUUUUCUCUUUGGUCUUUUUGGCCAUUGACCAAUAUUUUCUCCAUUGUAACAAGUUUUUCUAUGUAAUAAAUUACGGUAGCGGUAAUUCACACACACCACACAAUGUCAAUUGUAAUGUAAAUACUUCUUCAAAUUAUCCUAUAGGGUUUUCUUACCCCCAAAAUCUCCAAAUCUGCUCAUUUACCAUCAGAAAAUGUUUUCAUUAUGAUAACAUGCUGUUCCAUUGUGAAUGGCUCAACCCGUACAUGAACAAUCAUAUGACGACCCUGAGCGUUUCCGUGCUACGUGAUACUACUAAAUAUUAAAUUGUAUGUUAUCUUGUUCUUGUUAAACACAUUAACGUUAACGGGCAUUACAAAAGUUGCUCCUUAUUAUAUGAUUAUUAUAGGAUUUUGGAUACAAACGUUAGACGUUUUAACUUUUAAAAUAUAACAAUAAAUUAACGUUCUAGUUUGAUACGUAAACAAUUGGCUUAUAAAUUAUUUGAUAUAUUGAAAAUAUUAUUAUUUUCAUUGAUACAUUAAAAAUAUGUCAAUGAUUUCGUAGAUAUAUAUUUAAUUUAAGUAGGCUCUUGCAAACAAAUUUGAGUGGUCAUUCUAUAAGAGCAAUUUAAAAGGAAGCUAUUGUCGGUUCGGAAUGUAUCUUCUGCGAGAAAUAACCGUUAUACUAGAGUAACUCGGUAGUAACUCCUAAACUAUACAACUAAACGAUGAAUAAUUUCACUAUAUUUGGUUUUAUGGUCGGUUUCUAAAAGUCAACUAAUAGCUGAAUUAAAUGUAAUUAAUUUUUUGUAAUGCAAAUUAGGAAAUCUAGUAUAAUAAAAUAACAAUAAAAUAUUUAACUUUGGUUCCUGAUGUAUUUUUAACUUGUAACAUUUCUAUUACGUGAAAGUAAUUAUAAAUGCAUUGAUAAAUAUUUGCUUCUAAUCGUACAAUUUGAUGGACAGGUCAAGAAAGUUCUAGGAUUAUAUAACUUGACACAAUACAAACAACAUAAAUGUUGCGAACUGUGUUUGAUAUAUUACCUGACCUUAAUAUAUUAAUAUUAAUGGUAACAUUUAAAAAAACUAUACUCAAAUUACAAAUGAAACAAUUAGUCAAUAUAUUUACCUUAUUAUUAAAAGUAUAUUGACAUUCAAGGUCGAUAUUUGAAAUGAAUUGAGAAUUAAAGUGCCAUUGUCGGAAUUUAAAAGGUACUGGAAUAUUAUAGACUGGUAACAUUCGAAAGUCGUAUCUCAAUGUUGCCGCUUUUGUCUACUUCUUUCUUUACUGCUACUACUCCUCUCUUAUACGAUUUGGUGCAUACUGCGCCGAAAUCGCAUUUUAUGCGCGAAACCUCUCAAAGAAACUCAUGUUAUAGGUUUACUUACUUGCUGUCCUUUUUAAUACCAUAUGAGAAAUACUUUGAGUCCAGUCAAAUUAGUUCAGAAAUUGUGUACAACAAAAUCAGUACCAAUAAUUAAAUAUUGUUUGCAAAAACAAGCUGUAAGCAUUUUGUCCAUUAAAAAAGAAGAGAAGAAAUUAGUCUGAAGCCAAGCGAGCUAAGGAGAGACGUGGAAAUAACGAAAUCCUAUUGAGUAUGUUUGGUAUAACACUUCUUCGCCACUGAUCAUUUUAUAAGGCCUCAAAAAAGGUUAACUAAGCUAAGCUAACUUUUAAAAUAUUACAAGUUUAGAUCAUAUUUUUUUUUCGAAAGUCGGGUACAUUUGAGAUACCUUUCGAAAUUUAAGAGUUAAAACUUAAGUAGAAUAUUAGGGUGUGUAAACUUUAUAUUUGUUGUGUAUAAAAAUCUUGUCUAUCGCAAAAUAUUGAAUACUCCGUUACGCUGUUGAUGUAUUAAACAUUAUUACUUAGUUGUAUUUUAAUAAACUAUUUAAACUUG